AUGCCCGUCCCAACCGCCGAGCUCUUCGACAAACAAAACGAAGCUAAUGGCAGGAACUCUACUACAAAUGGAACCUCAAAUUCCUCUACGGAACAAGGCUCCAAUGCGAGCUACUUCACAUCCACCAAUGCGCCCGUCUCGUCUGAUCCGUCGGCGCAGAAUGGAGAGAGUGGCCGUGCUUUGACGCGCGAAGAGGCGGAUCGCUUGUAUGAGGAGCGCAUGGAGGAGGAAUAUGCUAAGAGGGAUGGUGGCGCUUGA